AUGGAGUUCAGGGAUUGGAUCUCGGAGAGGCUCACGCCUGCAGUCAUGGUCAUCUCUUCUCCAGAAGCCGAAGAGAUGUGCCAGGAGAAGAACGGAUUGACAGUCGUCGAUCUCUUGCGCCCCUACGGCUUUCUUCACCAGCUGAGUGUGCCGGUUCGCACCGUGGGAGAGCAUGCAUACAGGAUACGGGAGUUCAGAGUUCGCUUCUACAGAGCAGACAUGAUGUUCCAGCCCUCCCCAGAGGCCGCAGAUGAGUACCUGAAGGGGGUAUUGAACGCAGCUGCCAAGGAAAGCGGUUCUGUGGAGAUCCCUGAUGUGAUGGCUGCCGUGCAGAGCGGCAAGGGCUUCCUGACAGACAACACUCCUUGGUGGGACAAGUAUCGGGAUGAGUUUUUCCGCAUGACGUCAUUCGGCGAGCUUGAGACAUUCGACCACCCUGUGGCAUGCUUGCUGGUGCUGCAUGCGCAUGCAGAGAACCCAGUGGAGGCGUUUGGGAAGCUCUUCCACUCUUCGCGCAAGCCGCCCCUCAUGGCAGAGGGCAAGAUGGAGCAUCGCAUUGUCAUGCACCACUUGCUCAUCCAUGGCGACAAUGUGCAGGCGGAGGGCGGCUAUGCCAGGUCAGAGGAGAAGCUGAAGGCAGCGCGGGUGGCACUGGGGACAGCGGCAGUGCACCUGAUCCGGAUCAACUCUGGCAGGGGCGAUCUCUCCAGCAAGCUGGGCUAUGAGAGCCUCUGGCGCCACCCCUUACCAGGCACCCUGCCGGGAGGUGGUGCUGGGGAGCCACCCUCCAGACCCCCAGUCCCCACUGCGGGCUAUGGGGAGUGCCUGACCAAGGCCAACCUGGAUGACAUCAAGCGCUUCUCGGAGGACUUUGCUGUCAGGGCACUGCUGCCUGCCAUGGAGGCCCGAGUGACGUCCACAAGGAAGGGACUGCGAAACCAGCUGAAGACGCUGCUUUGGCGGAAGCAGCCGGGCGGCGCGGCCGGCAGGGACUCCCCGAUGGGCUCGGUGCACGGCGGCUCCGUACACGGGGGAAACGCGGCGAGCGCCGUAAAUGGCAGCGUGGGCACCUACGGUAUGGGGUCCGUAGAGGGCCAGAUGCGCGCUCUGGCGGACCUGGCAUUCACGAUGCAGGACUACGACACCGCGCUGUCCACGCUGCGCCUGCUGGCCAGCGACCUGCGCGCUGACAAGGCAUGGAAGCAGUACGCCGCUGUCCAGGAGAUGAUUGGCAUUUCGCUGUUCAUGGCACGGGGCACAAUGAGCGAGGUGUUGGGAGCUUUCAAGGAGGCUUUCUACCGGUACAACACUGCUGCGCCGCACGAGACUGCUCCGCGCGAAUGCGUGCGCUACGCAACUCGCUCCAUGCUGCUGGCAGCGGAGUACGCGCGCCAACAUGGAGCCUACAAUGAGGCCAACUAUGCCCUCAUGAAAGCCCACUUCCAGGAGGAGAACCUGCGGGCGGCACUGCUGCUGGAGCAGGCGGCGCUGUGCCUGCUGCGCGUCUCGCCUCCCUCGGUGCGCAAGUACGCGUUCCACAUGGUGCUUGCCGGUCUGCGCUACAACGCAUGCGACCAGAAGGCGCUCGGUAUGCGCGCCUACAGGCAGGUGCUGUCGGUGUACAAGGGCCACAAGUGGGCCUUCAUAGAGGAGCACAUUCACGACGUGCUGGGCAAGCAGAGCCGCGACGCAGGAGAUUUCGAACUGGCGCUGCAGCACUUUGCAGCCAUGCUGCAGUGCUCCCACUCGCCGCCUUACUGGCAGGCGCACUAUCUCAAACAGUUCCUGGACACCGUCGCAGCGGCCACAAAGGCCAAGGGGGCGGCGCCAGUAUUGGAGCUGCCACUGCCGGAGGUGGAUGCAGAGCAUGUGACUGUGCAGGCUGACAACGAGAUCUGCCAUGGCAACCCCGAGUCGCGCACGCAGCCCGAAGAGCUCUGGCGCUCUCUUGAGGGGCCGUUGCUCUCUGGAUUGGAUACAGGCACGACCUGGUUGGAUGCCGGGGGCAGCAGCAGCAAGGUGUCAGCGCUGCAGCUAAGCACGGCGGUGGCAGGGGAGAUGAUCGAGGUCCUCAUAUCCCUCGCCAACCCCCUGGCCGUGGACCUCCACGUCUCGCGGCUGCGCCUGCUCUUCGAGCCUGAGCCCAUGCCGACAGAGGGUGACCUGGGUCAAUAUGCAGAGGCACAGGAGCAGGCAGUGGUCUUAAAGGGUGGAGAGCGCGUGCGACUGGCUUUGGGGCUGCGGCCACUGCGGCCCGGGCUACUCACCCUGACCGGGGUGGAGUGGCUGCUGGACGGGAACGCCCCCGGACGCAAGCUCUUUGCUCCCAAGCGCCCCAAGCACCGCCGCACCGCCUCCCGGGCUGCCACGAAGGCCGAGGUGCAGAGCCAGUGCCUGUCCUUCAGCAUACUGGAUGCCUUGCCCCGGCUGGAGGCAUCUGUGGAGCAGCUGCCUCCGACCAUGCUGGCAGGGGAGGUGAGGAAGUGCACGCUGACACUGCGCAACACAGGCAAGGUGCCCCUGCGCAGCAUCCGGGCAGUCUGCAGCAGCCCCGACGUGUACCUGCCUCCUGACGACGCUGAUGCAAGCGGGGCAACUGUUGACAGCUUGGCACCAGGGAGGGAACGCGCGGCAGGGACGUCAGCGCUGCAGCAGCCGUGCCUGCGGCUGCGACGGGGCCUGACGCUCUACACAUGGCCUGCCGCCAAGGCGCUGGGCCCGGGCGAGGAGCUGCAGUGGCCUUUGUGGGUGCACCCGCGGGAGAGGGGCCAGUUCGACUUCCACCUCGCUGUGUUCUUUGAGCCUGCGGCGCCAGUGGACGGCAUGAAUUACAGGGUGCUACGGCUGAGUCACUCGGUGGACGUUCUGCCGUCUCUGGAUGUGGCCGCCAGCCUGGCCGCCUCCAGGGCCGACCUUGUCACCUUCCUGCUCCGCCUCUCCAUGCGCAACAUGCAGGGGCUGCAGGCGCUGACAGUGCGCCAGGUGUCCUGCCUGUGCGACAGCUGGCGCAUCUCCCAGCUGGGCAGGCGGGGCGAGGCCGCCUCUGCUGCCCUGCAGCCUCCAUCCACAUCGAUCACCCCCGCCAUCGAGCUUCCUGCAGCUUCUGUGGCAACUGCCUACUUCCGCCUGCAUCCCCCCGAAGCCUCCGCCGCGGAUGCAAGCACCAGCGCUGGCGAGGAGUGGUUUCCUACGCGGCCGUCCAAAGCAGAGCUGCAGCGGGCAGCCCUAGAGCAGCAGCCGGAGCCAUCAACUUCAGACACUCCUGAGAACAAGGGGCCGGACAUCAUCGUGGUUUGGGCGCUGCCAGACGCUGCCGGCAACCCCCGCUGCAUCGGCGCUCACCACGUCUGCGACCUCCAAGAAAAGGAGAAGGUGGCGAUAAGGGCGACGCUGCGCGGGGAGGAGCGGCUGAGGCACAACUUCCGCGGCGGCGGCAUGUGCGCAGCUGCCCUGCAGCUGGACCUGCGCAACUGCAGCGAUGCCACAGCCUCCCUCUGCAUCGAGACCGGAACCGGAGCGCCCGGCAGAGGCAUGCUCCUUCCCCGCGAGGCUGUGUGGCGGCGCACGCCUGAGCUGGCUCCUCAGAGCAGCACGAGCGCCGAGGGUGCCACAGCUGUGGCGCCGGAGCCCCCCGGCGGCAGCGGGGGGCCCGUCCCUGUGGGUGCCAGAUCUGGCACGGACUACCUCUGGUGCGGCAGCGUCCGCACGCUCGUGUCCUCGCUGCCUGCCGGGCAGGCCACAAGCGUCACUCUGCGGGUGGCUGUCAUGGCGCCAGGCGUGUAUGACAUCAGCGAUUACCUCAUACGCUGGGCGUUCCCUGAUGUGGACAAGCUGCAGUACAGCCAGCCAGGGCCGCCACUAGUGCUCAGAGUGGAAGAUGAAGAAGAAAUUUAG